GCCUCUAGGCGGUUGCUGGCGGCAGUCACCGCCCUACCCCGACCCAAAGGCGCGACUGCGGCGUCAGUAAUGUGAAGCAGUGCUCUGGCUUGUCCGGCCCCCGGGCCCGCGGCCCAUUACGCCAUCCACCGCGCUAGCCGCUGCAUCGCCGAACGGCCUAGGAGGGCGGGUGCAGACAGUCGCGAGGCGGGGCGGAGCAAGCAGCGCGGCCGGAUUCAUUCCUGUGGGGCGCGGGGUAUGGAGGAGCUGUUCGGUCGCAGGCUGAACGGGGCGGCCCGGGCGGCGGCGGCGACAACGGUUUCCAUUUGAAAAGGUGGCCCAAGCCGGAGCAGCUGAGGACGAGCCCCGAGGCAGGGUGGUGUUCUGCUUGUCGGAUGUUGGAAUGCAAUAGGACACAGCCUGCUUUCCGUGCUCUUCUAUCUGAUCUGGGGCGCAGUGACUAGCACUGAACUUUGGCUCCUGGAACUCUUGCCUGCGUGGAUAGAGUUAAGCUGGAGCUUUGCUUUAAAGGAUAGAGCACAACUUCUCGACUGGACAUAGAUGGAUCUAAAGACAGCAGUGUUCAACGCAGCGCGCGAUGGCAAACUCCGGCUCCUCACCAAGUUGCUGGCAAGCAAAUCCAAAGAGGAGGUUUCCUCCUUGAUCUCUGAAAAAACAAAUGGGGCCACGCCACUGCUGAUGGCUGCCAGGUAUGGGCACCUCGACAUGGUGGAAUUCCUUUUAGAGCAGUGCAGUGCUUCCAUUGAGGUCGGAGGCUCGGUGAAUUUCGACGGGGAAACCAUUGAGGGGGCCCCCCCAUUAUGGGCUGCUUCUGCAGCAGGACAUCUGAAGGUUGUCCAGUCUUUGUUAAAUCAUGGAGCAUCUGUCAACAACACGACAUUAACCAAUUCGACUCCGCUUCGAGCUGCAUGCUUCGAUGGCCAUUUGGAAAUAGUGAAAUACCUCGUAGAGCACAAAGCUGAUUUAGAAGUGUCAAACCGGCAUGGGCAUACGUGCUUGAUGAUUUCAUGCUACAAAGGACAUAAAGAGAUUGCUCAGUAUUUGCUUGAAAAGGGAGCAGAUGUUAAUAGAAAAAGUGUUAAAGGUAAUACUGCAUUGCAUGAUUGUGCUGAGUCUGGAAGUUUGGACAUUAUGAAGAUGCUUCUCAUGUAUUGUGCCAAGAUGGAAAAAGAUGGUUAUGGAAUGACUCCCCUUCUGUCAGCAAGUGUAACUGGUCAUACCAAUAUUGUGGAUUUUCUGACACACCAUGCCCAGACCAGCAAGACAGAACGUAUCAAUGCUCUAGAGCUUCUGGGAGCUACGUUUGUAGAUAAAAAAAGAGAUUUGCUUGGGGCUUUGAAAUACUGGAAGAAGGCAAUGAACAUGAGAUACAGUGAUAGGACUAAUAUAAUUAGUAAACCAGUACCACAGACACUAAUAAUGGCUUAUGAUUAUGCUAAGGAGGUGAAUAGUGCAGAAGAGUUAGAAGGUCUUAUUGCUGAUCCCGAUGAGAUGAGAAUGCAAGCACUAUUAAUUAGAGAACGGAUUCUUGGUCCUUCUCACCCUGAUACCUCUUACUAUAUUCGAUACAGAGGUGCUGUCUAUGCAGACUCUGGAAACUUUAAGCGGUGCAUCAACCUAUGGAAGUAUGCUUUGGAUAUGCAGCAGAACAACUUGGACCCUUUAAGCCCAAUGACUGCCAGCAGCUUACUGUCUUUUGCAGAACUGUUCUCCUUUAUGCUGCAGGACAGGGCUAAAGGCUUGCUGGGCACUACUGUUACAUUUGAUGAUCUUAUGGGCAUACUGUGUAAAAGCGUCCUUGAAAUUGAGCGAGCUAUCAAACAAACUCAAUGUCCAGCUGACCCAUUGCAGUUAAAUAAGGCACUUUCCAUUAUUUUGCACUUAAUUUGCUUGUUAGAAAAAGUUCCUUGUACUCUAGAACAAGACCAUUUCAAAAAGCAGACUAUCUACAGGUUUCUUAAGCUGCAUCCAAGAGGAAAGAAUAACUUCAGCCCUCUGCAUCUUGCUGUGGACAAGAAUACGACAUGUGUAGGGCGGUACCCAGUUUGUAAGUUUCCAUCUCUGCAAGUUACUGCGAUACUGAUAGAAUGUGGUGCUGAUGUGAACGUCAGAGACUCUGAUGACAAUAGUCCCCUACAUAUCGCUGCUUUGAACAACCAUCCAGACAUCAUGAAUCUUCUUAUUAAAUCAGGUGCACAUUUUGAUGCCACAAACUUACACAAACAAACUGCUAGUGACUUGCUGGACGAGAAGGAGAUAGCUAAAAAUUUGAUCCAGCCCAUAAAUCACACCACGUUGCAGUGUCUUGCUGCUCGUGUCAUCGUGAAUCAUAGAAUAUAUUAUAAAGGGCAUAUCCCGGAAAAGCUAGAGACCUUUGUUUCACUUCACAGAUGAUAAUCUGACUGCGCUUUAGCACUGUUAAAGCACGGGUGGGUAAUGUCGUUCCAUAAAUGAGCACUGUUGUGAUGACACCAGCAUUCAUUUCGCUUGAUAUCAUUGUGCUCUCAUUGGCUAAAGCACUGCAAGCAUCAGAUUUACAGGACUGAUUUCCCAGUAUUUAAUAUAAAUACACCAUAUAAUAUAUUGUUUGUGAAUUAUUGAGAAAUGUACUGUCAUAUUCAUUUCUAAAAUUGUCUGCCAAAGGCCAUUCUGAAACUGUUUGCUGUUGGGUGUUUGGGACAGAGUUAACUGUUUUUCAGUGGUGUCUUUAUACUUUACUAGUUUGUGAAUUUUAUACAAUUGAAAGUCCUCCUCUCCCAAAUCUUGCUUCUCCUUUCAAGUUUUGCGCGAUUCUACUCCCCCUCCCCCAACCAUUUCUGCUACAACUUUUCCCUUUAUGGAUCCAUGCUAGGUUGUAAAACCUUAUGAACUUGUUCACCAUUUGCAGUUACCAUAAGUGCUUUAUCUUCUCUAUGCACCGGCUUAAACUGGACUGUUGUAUGUUAGCAUAUUUUCUAUGCAGCAGUUGGUCAACUUUGACUCCGAACACUGUUUUCUUAAGUUAUAAAGUUCAUUUCAUGAAAGUACUCUUAGAGCAUGAUAAUUUUUAGAGCUGCCGGUUAGCUAUCUAAGCUCAAGCUCUUAUUUUCAUUUGUUUUUGCUUUGUUUCUUCAUAUCUGAGUUUCUUUAAUCCAGAGAAAUUUUUGUAUGCUAAAUUUGGGAAACAAAUCUAUAAUAACUAAUUAACCCAGUUGAAAUUUAGGUUUGUCAUCUUAAUAUAUCAUGUAGUUAAAGGAAGACUUUCUAAAGUGACCUGCCUUUCAUACUGCUGCAGCAUUGUCCUGCUUGUGCUGAUGGUGUGAUUAGGUGUAGAGAAUCUGCUUCAAUUUAACCUCAAAAGUUUAUCACACAGUUUAAUGAGUCACAUUGAGCUAUUCAGUCAUUGAACUGAAGAUCAUUUUUAGUUACAAAAGAGCUAAAGCAUGUCAGUGGCACGAUGCUUGCCAAGCCAGAUCUAGGCAUCUAAGAAAAAGUAUUUUAGUAUGCAGUUUACUGCCAUAGCAUCAAAGAUCAAUAACAGUGUUCUUUCUUCAAGUUUAUGUAUCUUUUAAAGAUAACUUGCAUGAGUUAUUUUGAUCUCAAUUAUUUGUCACCCUAAACACAAAAGAUUGCACCAUGAUUUCUGUUCCUUUAUUGAAAGCAAGCUCCUCCUUCCUGUCCUCCUCUUUCCCCUCCUCACUAUCUCUUUCUCUUCCUCCACUCCAUCUCUUUCUCCCCUCACCCUCUAUUUUUCUUUCUUUCAUAGAUUUGCUAAUGCCACAGAAAGGGCUCUUAAGAUAAAUGAAAAUUACUUAAAAAAAGAAUUCAGGUAGUAAUCAUUCAGCACUUUAUUGUUAUUCAGAAUAAAAUUUAUGAUGGCAUAUUUGCCUUGCAGAUGUCCUAAGGAAAUUGUUCAGAAUAAAAAACUCCUUAUUGAUUUGAGGAAAAAAAGUCAAUUUACCUUUGAAUUUCAUGAUUUGGAUCACUCAGAUUUGGGGUUGACGUUUUAUUCUAAAGAUUGAUGUAAUGCUAUUUGAAGAGCUGUCAUUGCAAACAAUCACAUUGAGUUUAUUUUCAUCUUUAUUCAGUAGAAACUUGUAAUGAAGAGUAGUAAAUAAAGAACAUUAGACUUUUUCAUGAAAUAAUUGAAGUUUAAUUUUUUUAAAGGUAUCCUUACUCGUUUUAGUACAUUUUAAAAUUCACCAUUGGAAUAAAAUGGACUAAUUUAUCAAUGGACACGUUUUAACCUUUUGAUGAAGAGGUUUUACUCUUAUUUACUUUGGGCAAGUCUGAUAAAAUAUUUGAGCUGCCAUAUUUAAGAAUAAGUCAUAUAGACAGAUUCUAGAAACAUCAAACUAUUUUAAAGUCAUCUGCCUCUAAACUUUGGUAGAACAAUGUAUGCAUGAGCUGCUUUUUCAAAGAAGGGAAACCUUUACCAUUUCGCUGAAUCGUUUAUUGGUUGAUCUGACUUUCUUGGGAAAAGAUGACCAUUUGAUUUUUUUAAGGGGUUUAGCUAUUCACUCUUGCCCCCUUUGACAGGGAGAUUGGAACUUACACAAUCUUAGAGCAGGCGUAUCCAACAUUGUCUUACAGGUGGCUGUGAACUGUAUAACCCUAUCUAAAAUAUGGAUUUCUUUAAAUAGUGCUUUCCUCCACAAAGACUAGAUAGCUUAGAACUGGUCCUGAGUCUGGACAGCUGCCGCACUGUGAUGCUAUGCUGCAGUUAGGAUGCAGUCCUCCCUUUUCUCUUUGCCCUUCCAGAAAUGCCAUUGGAAGCUCUUGAAAACUCAGUUGAGUAGCUCAGAAUUGUCUGUGGUUUUACUUUAGAGGAAGAUGGCUUGUUAGUGUGACCUCAGAUACUGUUGAGGCUUUCAUCAGAAAGUAUUCUCAAAAUUGUGACCCUGAAUAAAAUAGAAUUCUUAAGUUUGUGGGUUUUUAAAAACAUAGAGAAUAAAGUGAGCUUAAUUGUAUUGAUUUGAAUCAAACUGGACAUUGUAGCAUGGUAACACUGGCUGGAGGUAAUGUAUAAAAUAAAUUUUGACUAUGUUUCUAUGAAAAUAAGAUUAGGGUCUCUGAAUUUUUUUGAUCAUUUCUGUUUUUUUAAAGAAAGUUUAUUUACUCAGAUACCCAUCUACUUCCUAAAGGCAAAUGAAUUUAAAAAGUCACUUUUCUUAUCUUUAUAUCUGACAAGCAUAAGCCCAAAGAUAACUUGGUGUCCUUUAUGAUUUUGAAGUUAGGUUGAUUGCUCACUUGUGAGGAGAUAAUUUGUAGUAUUUUUUGAAAACCCUGUUUACUAUAAGUUGGGAAAAUUGUUUAGGUUAUAUUUGGAAAAUGAGCUCCUUAAAAUCAUACUGCCCAGCAAAACGCCUCAGCUGAACUUGCAGGUAUAAUAAUUCCUGUAACUAUCAUCUCAGCAGGGGCUAGAUGAGGAAUAACAUUCUCACACACUCUAACAGCAGCACUAUUGCUUGGAACUUUAACCAUUUUAAAGUUGGAUACUAAGGAAACUUUGUCAUCUUUUUUUAGCCCCCCCCCCCACCCCUCGUGUAUCACUAAAUAUUGAGUUUCCCUUUGGUCAGUUCCCAUUGUGUAUUUUUAAAAGGAAGUACUGUAUUCAGAUGCCAGCCAGUAAAUUGUCACACAAUGGAAAAAUGAUAUACCACAACAUUCAUUGUAAGGUUUAAUAAAAUUAAGUUUGCACCAAACUUAAGUGUACUCUUAUUAACUCCUAACUUUUGAUGAGUGUAAUCUUGAUGUAUAUUACAAUGGAUUCCUAAAAAACACUUGAUAAUUUAUCUGUAGCAUUAUUUAUAUUGCUAUGCAAAUAAGAUGGUGUAUGCAUAGUUUAUUGUCAUUUUUUUCUAGUAAAAACUAUAGGGACUAAAGAUUAGGAAGACUUGUAAAAUGCAUAGGAGAAGGGCUGCUUUUAACUUGUCAUUUUUAAUGGUAUUAUCAGAAGCAUGUGUAGUAAUAUGCAUUACAAUGAAGGUGAGUUUUCUAUAUUUCAAUUUCAAGUCAUAAAACAUCCUUUUCCUUAUAUCUAAGUAAUUAAUACAUUAUUUUAAUCUAGAAAAUGUUAGUCAUAAUUUCUAAACACUGAGCAUAAAUUGGAAUCCACAGUCACAACUUUUCCCUUUUGGAUCAUUAAUAUGGGUCACUCAUGACAAGGGUGUGCUUGGCCAUCUUUUUUUCAUGGCCCCUUUACACAUUCAUUGUCUUUAUCCCCAGUUCUGUGUUUCUAUGGUUGUCCUCAUUACCACUACAAAUAUGUGAAAGAAAGUCUUACACAACAAGGAAAAGAAUAUUACUACUUUUUAAGGGUCUGAACAUCAAAUGCACAUCAGACCCUCUAUUUCUCCAUCCUGUUUCAUGUUAUCUUUGCUGUUGGGUAGAAUAUUGGGUAUUUGUUGAGAAGUUUGGGGCUUUUGGGGUUAAGAGAAAUAAUUGGUUCCUGGGUGCCAUGUCACCUUAUUUUAUGUUUAUUAUAAAGGUUCCAUUAAAAAAGAUUUUCUCAUAAAACUA